CAUGCUAACUCCUGCUUAAAUAGAAACACCGGGAAUAAACCUUUGCGAUUGCGUAGUCUGAGGUUUCAGCCGAGGUUCACCGGAGGAUGGCGGAUAAAUUACCCCUGCCGCGGUUGCUGGUGACGGCUCGUCCUAAAAAAGAGGGCAAGAAUAGAAAGACGGAGGCCGAGAAGGCUGUGACGAGAAGGAGAUUAGAUAAAACGAGAGUCAACAUCGGUACAGCUUUUCAACGAUGGAGACAACUGAGGGAGCUCAAGGGCCUGCGAAGCGACGCCGUGGUUGCUCUGUUUCUGUUGGACAGUUAUGAGAAGCAAACAUCGACUCCGUGGAAACCCGGAUUGUUGAGACCUCCUCCCCCCGCUGGGUCAGCUGUUCCUGCGGAGUCUCUCUCUGACCAAGACGACGACCUCUCAGUCGCCCCUGAAGACACGUUUGAGCUAUUUGAGAAAAGGAUAGCAGAGUACGAGGAGGAACUUCGUCAUUUUAGAGAAGAGAACGAGCGACAACACAAACUGCUGGAUGCUGUUUUCAACCCUGAAGUCCGUUUACACAGAGCAGAUGUCCUGCAGCUGGUGGUGAGUCAAGACGAGGUUUCCCCUGAGCAGCAGGAAUUGAGCCCUAGACUGGACCAGAACGACCCACCAAACUCACCACAAAUUAAAGAUGAACAGAAGGAACUCUGGGGCAGACAGGAAGGGGAGCUUCAAGUAGAAGAGGAGUUUGAUAUCAGCAUGUUAAGAUUAAAACAUAUCCCUGUGAAGAGGGAAGAAGAAGAUGGAGAGAAACUUCAGUCCUCACAGCUUCAUGAAAACCAAACUGUAGAAAGCAGAGACACAGAGCAUUUGAAAAUAGAAGCUGAUGGAGAGGACUGUGGAGGAGCAGAACCAGAAUUAAAUCCAGACAAUCAUUUACAGCCAGUUACUCCUGACAAGACUUCACACUUUUCUGGAUCUGAUACUGAUGACAGUGGUGAGUGGGAGGAGAGUGAUGAUCCUCAGGAAGGUCUUCAUGCAAGAAAAAAAUUCAUCUGUUCAAUUUGUAAAAAAUGUUUUUCUUCAAGAGCAGCUGUUGUGAAACACAUGAGGACUCACACAGGGGAGAAACCCUUCAAGUGUUCAUUUUGUGGUAAAAGAUUUGCACAAAAUGGACAUCUGAAGUUCCACAUGGCUGUUCACACAGGAGAGAAACCAUUUAUGUGUUCAGUUUGUGGUGAAAGAUAUGCACGAAAUGGAGAUCUGAGACGCCACUUGGCAGUUCACACAGAAGAGAAACCAUUUAGUUGUUCAGUUUGUGGUAAAAAAUUUGCACAGAAUGGAGAUCUGAAACGCCACUUGGCAGUGCACACAGGAGAGAAACCAUUUAGUUGUUCAAUUUGUGGUAAAAGAUUUGCACAAAAUGGACACCUGAGGCUCCACUUGAUUGUUCACACAGGAGAGAAACCAUUUAGUUGUUCAGUUUGUGGUAAACAAUUUACACAAAAUGGACAUCUGAAACGCCACUUGGUUGUUCACACAAGGAAUAAAACAUUUGGUUGUUCAGUUUGUUGUAAAAAAUUCUCUCGACUUGAUUGUGCCAAACGUCACAGGCUUGUGUGUGAAAGAAGGAAAAAUCUAAAUGCUUGAUAUACCAAUGAAUUCCUGUAGGAGGAAAGCACAAAAGGUAGACUAACAUCUUAACGAUGGUCAGAUUCCAAAAUGAGUCUUCUUUCGGUUUUAUCUUUUCAGCAGACAAAGGCACAUGAUUAAAGUAAUUCUGCUUUAUUUUGUCUAAAAUAGUUGUUUUGCAUGCACAGUUACUUAUUUCUGCAUGCAGAACCAAGAUGUCAAAUGAAUGCUGAGAGAGUUUUUGUUGCUUAAAUCAGUUUGCAAGUUCUCAUCUUUGUCCUUUGGACUGUUUACAUACAACAACAAACCUUCAAGAAACCACCCAUACAUGUUCCCCUGUCCCGCUCAAAAAGGUCAUUUUAGGUAGGUAGAAGAAUGUAUCUUCAUUUUGUCAGUCAUUCAAAAAUGUUUCAUAAGUUUGUUUUGCACUACUGCUUUGUACAUAAAAAAGCACUUUGUU